AGUCUGGGCAGCACGGACCAGGACGCACCCAUCCUGGAACCAAGGAAUCAUAAUUUUACUCAGUGUCAUUUUAAACUCUCCAAACAUGGGGUCUAUUCACUGUGCUGUUCUUCUUGCGUGUGUGCUGUGGUUUGUGCGUCAAGGUGAAGGCCGGAAAACAUACGCAGACAUGUUUCAGCACAAGCACUCCCCUUCGGGCUGGUUCCCCUUCCCCGUGCCCCCCAUCCCCGGCUGGGACCCUGACAGCGCACCCUGGGAUGACACCUUGUACCCACCCUUACCCAGAGAGCUGCAGCGGCACAGAGGUAAACCCAAGGUGGUGCUUUCCAGUGACAGCCCAGCCCUGAACGGCUCCAAUGUGUCCUUCACGGCGAAGCUGCAAUACCCACCCUGUCAGAAGGAGGACGCCGAUGGGGAGCUGCUGUGGGACGAGCACUGCGAGGACGGUACGGAGCUGGAGGCCUCAGCCAAUGGGCAGGUGCGCUCUGGAUAUGUGUACAACUGGACUUCCUGGUUGGAGGAUUAUGGGUAUGGGAAGUGCCUGGACUCCAACCAAUGUAACGUGUUCCCUGACGGCAAACCCUUUUCUCAGAGCAAUGACUGGAGACACAAGAACUAUGUGUACGUGUGGCACACCAGAGGUCAGUACUAUGAGACAUGUGAUGGUUCCUCCUCCAGCCUGAGCCUCAACACCAGCACUUUCCCUCUGGGGGCAGAGGUCAUGGAGGUGCUGGUGUACAGGCAGAGAGAGAGGAGGAAGUACAGCCCCCUGACCACCGACUCUGCCGUCUACCACAUCACAGACAAAAUCCCGGUGUUGGUGAGCAUGUUUCAGAAGUCGGCGGUGAACAUGUCCGACGGCGUGUUCUUCCAGGGUGAGGAGCUUCUGUUCCAGGUGAAACUGCACGACCCCAGCGGGUACCUGAAGACUGCCUCCUCCGUGGACUACCUGUGGGACUUCAGAGACGGCAACCAGCUUGUCACCCACCGGGAGACCAUCACCCACACCUACAGCACCCCAGGGAGACGCAGUGUAAAGCUAGUGGUGGAGGCGGCUUUCCUGACUGAGUGUCCUCCUGCAGCGGCUACUCCCACCCCACAUGUGCCCUCUGCAGUACCCACCCAUCGCCCAGAAGGAUCCACAGCGAACCCUGGCACCCACGCCCUCACCAUCAGGAUAGACACCACACCAGUCCCGCCCCGCACCAGCAGCACCCCUCCUCCCCCUGUGCCCCCCUCCUCCACCCCGUCUGCCUCCACCUUUGGGCUCUUCUCCACAGAGCCCCUCCUUCCAACACUCAGCCCAUCUCCUGAGGGCCCCUCCACCACGGGCCCCUGGCUCCACAGGCACCCUGCUAAUGCUAACCAGUGUUUCCGCUAUGUCCAUGGCAGCUUCACUGCCAACAUCACCAUCAUCGAGCCAAAGCCUGCAGUGAGGAGCUGGCCUAACAAUAAGAUCAUCGAUGUGACCGCUGCCCGGGAGACCAAGACAGACAUCAGCUUCCUGGUCAAGUGUGUGGGCAGUCCUCCCACCUCAGUCUGCACCAUUGUGUCUGACCCCAGCUGCUCCAAGGUCCAGAGCAUUCUGUGUAAUGAUGUGCCUCCAUCUCCACACUGCCUGGUUCACCUUCGCCGGAGCUUCCCUGAGCCAGGCACCUACUGCGUCAACAUCACCCUGGAGGACAGCCAGAGCAUGGGGCUGGCCAGCACCACAGUCACCAUCAACAAGGCUCAGGAACCACCAGCUCCACAGCGCUCCCACACUGCAGAGGUGGUCAUCUCCUCCAGUGCUGUCCUCACUGCACUCUUUGCUUUUGUGGCAUUCAUGGUCUACAGGCGUUACCGAGUGUAUCGGCCAAUCCGCAGAAUCCUGGUGGACGAUGCCCUGAGCCCUGCCCGGGUUAGAGGUCACAUGAUGAGCCUCCGUGAGUCGCUGUUCCCCCACAGUGAGGAGAGUGUCCACCUGCUCACCCCUCCCUGUCCUCUGUAACAACAAAUGCUUUUUGUGUACCUGUUCUCGUAUUUGUGAAUGUGUCUACUUAUAUUUUAAAGAGGAUGUAUUAUGCAAAAACUUUUUUUUAGCUCUUUACUAUGUUAUAACAUUGUUCCCUCAAAGGUUUUAAAUGUUAUCCAUGCAUGUUUG